CCCCUGCGCUAGUGUGGGUGUGGAUCUGUGUUUAUACCGUCAUUAAUAACACGAGCAAGAACGUAAGGAAAGCUGAGGGGAAAUAUAAACAAAAUAUAAAACUCACCCGGAGAGUAAUAAUACCUUACUGUGAAACAGUGUGGUAAAGCUCCACUCCUCAUCUCAGAAUGGUGUUCUACACGUGUGGCCCCAAUGAAGCCAUGGUCGUGUCAGGGUUCUGCCGCGCUCCCCCACUGCUGAUUGCUGGAGGACGAGCGUUUGUCAUACCCUGCAUUCAACAGAUACAGAGAAUUUCCCUGAACACUUUGACUCUGAAUGUGAAAAGUGACAAAGUCUACACCCGUCAUGGAGUGCCAAUCUCGGUCACUGGGAUUGCACAGGUGAAGAUCCAGGGUCAGAACAAGGAGAUGCUGGCUGCGGCCUGUCAGAUGUUCAUGGGGAAGUCUGAGCAGGAGAUCGCUCACAUCGCACUGGAGACUCUGGAGGGGCACCAGAGAGCCAUCAUGGCCCACAUGACUGUGGAGGAGAUCUACAAGGACAGGAAGAAGUUCUCAGAGCAGGUCUUCAAGGUGGCCUCUUCGGACCUGGUCAACAUGGGCAUCAGUGUGGUCAGCUACACCCUGAAGGACGUGCACGACGACCAGGAUUACCUCCACUCUCUGGGUAAGGCACGCACAGCACAGGUGCAGAAAGACGCCCGCAUUGGAGAAGCCAUGGCCAAGAGAGACGCUGUGAUGCGGGAAGCUCACGCGAUGCAGGAGAAGGUCUCCGCUCAGUAUGUGAAUGAGAUUGAGAUGGCGAAGGCGCAGAGGGACUUUGAGCUGAAGAAGGCAGCCUAUGAUGUGGAGGUCAACACCAAGAAGGCGGAGUCAGAGAUGGCCUAUCAGCUGCAGGUGGCGAAGACAAAGCAGCGCAUCGAGGAGGAGAGGAUGCAGGUGCAGGUGGUGGAGCGAUCCCAGCAGAUCAUGCUGCAGGAACAGGAGAUCACCCGCAAGGAAAGGGAGCUGGACGCGAAGGUGAAGAAGCCAGCUGAUGCAGAGCGCUACCGCCUGGAGAGGCUGGCUGAAGCAGAGAGGCUCCAGCUCAUCAUGCAGGCUGAAGCGGAGGCUGAGAGCAUCCGGAUCAAGGGAGAAGCUGAGGCCUUUGCAGUGGAAGUUAAAGCCAGGGCUGAGGCAGAGCAGAUGUCGAAGAAGGCCGAAGCUUUCAAGCAGUACAAGGAAGCUGCCAUGGUGGACAUGCUUCUGGAGAAACUGCCCCUGAUUGCAGAAGAGAUCAGCAAGCCCCUGUCCCAGGCUAAGAAGGUGACGAUGGUGUCGAGUGGCAAUGGAGAUGUCGGAGCGGCCAAACUGACUGGGGAGGUGCUGGACAUCAUGAAGCGCCUGCCUGAGGCCAUGGAGAAACUGACCGGUGUCAGCAUCACUCAGCUCUCGCUGGAAUCUUGAGCUUGCUGGGAAACCCGGACGACUGGGUUGAAAACAUCACAGGCUCUCGGAUUUACUGCUCCCAAUGGAAACGUCUCCCUGUCUGCCUAUCCCUGUCUAACCCUGUCUGUCUGCAUGUGCCCAAUGUCUGGUGUAAACUGCCUGAAGUGCAUCUUAUAAAACACAGAGAACAAACGCUGAACCACAAGAUAUUUGUGUAUUUUCACCCCAUUUUCGCCAGUCAUUAAUGCAUAUUUUUUGGAAAACAGAAAAAAAAAAACACUGCCCCUUGAACCAAGCAACUAUGUGACAAAGACACGGUUGCUUGUUUCACUCGCCUUCCUUUGCAUAGAUAUUUUUGAGCUGACAUUGAAUCUUCAUUGAAACAUGAGUACAACCUGUUAAUUGAACUCGAUGCAAUACGUUUGUCUUUUUUUCGGUACAGCUAGAACACUGCCUGUCCGAGGUGAGGCCCUAAUCAAACAAUAGGAUGUUAAUUACAUUCCAACACCAACCUUGUUAUGGUCCGAAAGCAAAUCAGAAAGACCUGUCUCUGGACUAGCCCAGUAAAGGCCUUGUCGAUUUCCUGUCACCAGUGUUAAGCCUAAAAUCUCCUGGGUCGUUAAUGGAAAAAUAAAAAAAAACUGAUUGGUUGUAAGACUGAACAUAUUUGUAACACUAAAUUUAGGAGUAUACUUCAUUUGCUUUCUUCUUGUUUUCCAGGAUAUAAUCGCCCCUUUAACAGGUUUAACAGACAUUCACUUCUGUCCACAGAGAUGUUGCUGACUUGUAGUAGUGUGGUAUAUUCUCAUCAUAGGGUUUUUGGGUACAUUAUUUGUUUCAUUCAUUCUUGUAUACUAUAUAUUAAAAAAAAAAAAAAAAGGUUUUUCCUGUUCAGUUUUAACUGUUUCAACUCUGCAUUCCUACGUGAAACUGGAGACAACUAUUGUAGUAAAGAAACUAAACUUGUGUGUGUUUAUUAUAUAUAUAUAUAUAUGUGUUUUCUUUCCUGUAAAGAAAGGUUACUCAUGCUGAAAUAGAAUAAAACAUUAAUUACAUUUUAUCUAGAGGUCCAUUACCUUGAAACCCCUAAUCCCUGGAAACCUGAUUCUAAAAUUACAGAAGAGACAUUGACAGAAAAACUGUUUGUGUUGCUACCGAUAGACCCUUCCUAUGUUUAUGUUUUCACCUGUGGAGUCCCAAGCGUUCCCAUCGUGCCCGACUAUCACAGAUAUCUUCUGUUACUAUCACUAUUUUAUACUGAACGUCUAUUUAAAAAAACUAGUAAAUAAAUGGUACAGAAUCAUAGACGUUAGAAAUAUUUACACUUUGAAAAACCAAUGCCCCUGCCUUAACAAUUUGUAUGUGACAGAAGGAGACUUAUUUAAAUGGUAGUUGCAGUCCGGUUACUGAAUCUUGUAAUGCUUGGAUGUUUUCAAAUUUAUUUUAUUAAUAUUAGAAUUGUUGUAUGUUAGUUACGUGCCAAAAAAUGAAAUACGACCGUGUUUGGCUUGUAGGAAAAAAGUAUCCAUUGUGCAUUGUAUCUAGAGAAUGUGAAAUGUACAAAUAUAUUCUGUUUGCUAAUCAGA